CCCUUACGCGCAACGGGGGUUUCCGGUAUCGCCGCUCGAAGUGUUCUUCAGCAUCUCUUAAAGCGCAGACAGCCUCUCCAACCACGUAGCCGACGACCGAUUCAUAAUUUGUCGCACGUUCCGUUUCCAGAUCGCCCGCAAUGGCAGCAAAACCGACACAUCUGAUGCCGCGGAUGACCGCGAAGGCGCCCUUCUCGGUCGAGGUGCCCGGCCAGCAGCCUGUCGAGGGCGAGACGCCCGUCCGCAGACAUCCGCUGGCCCUUAAUGGGUUGGUGGAAAGGCCCAGUCCCGAGAUUUCGACCGUUCAUGAGCUCGUCCGCGCAAGCGUCGCCAAGUUCGGCAAUGCCAAGUGCAUGGGCUCGCGGAAGCUGGUGCGGACGCACCAAGAAAAGAAGAUGAUCAAGAAGGUGGUGAACGGCGAGGAGCGCGAGGUUGAGAAGUCGUGGACGUACUUCGAAAUGAGCCCGUACGAGUACAUCAACUACACUGACUACCAGCGCGUCAUCCAGCAGCUCGGUGCUGGUCUGCGCAAGCUCGGGCUCGUCAAGGAUGACCGCGUCCACGUCUACGCCGCGACCAGCGCGAAUUGGCUGGCCAUGGCACACGGCGCCUGCUCGCAGAGCAUGCCCAUCGUGACGGCCUACGACACGCUGGGCGAGGAGGGUCUGCGGUACUCGAUGGUCGCGACUAAGGCCAAGGCCAUCUUCCUGGAUCCUCACCUCCUGCCCACCCUCACAAAUGUCUUGGCUGCCGCCACGGAUGUCAAGCACGUCAUCUGGAAUAACCAGCAUCAGGUCAACCAGGGGCACAUCGACAAGCUCAAGGCGUCCUAUCCUCACAUCAACAUCCUAAACUUCGAAGAGCUACGGAAACUGGGCGAGGAAAAUCCUGUCGAUGAGGUGCCGCCCAAGCCUGAGGACCUCUGCUGUAUCAUGUACACCUCUGGCUCUACGGGCACUCCCAAGGGUGUGCCUGUGACGCACAAGGCCGUUAUUGCGGCUGUCGCGGGAGCUAGCGUCAUCGUCGAGGAAUUUAUUGGACCAGGCGAUGGGCUGCUUACGUAUCUGCCCCUCGCACACAUCCUCGAGUUCGUCUUUGAGCAUGCCGCCAUCUACUGGGGCGCGACCCUGGGCUACGGCAACCCCAAAACCCUGUCCGACGCGUCAGUGCGCAACUGCAAUGGCGACAUCCGGGAGUUCAAACCCAGCGUCCUCAUCGGUGUGCCAGCCGUUUGGGAGACGGUCAAGAAGGGCAUCAUUGCCAAGGUCAACGCCGGCAGCCCCGUUGUGCGGGGCAUGUUCUGGGGCGCAUUAGCUCUUAAGGAAAGGCUGAUGGCCAUGGGGCUUCCGGGCAGCGGCGUACUAGACGCGGUGGUCUUCAAGAAGAUCAAGGAGGCAACGGGCGGGCGUAUGAAGCUCUGCCUCAGCGCCGGCGGCCCGGUCUCCAAGGAAACCCAGCGGUUCAUCAGCAUGGCCAUCUGCCCCAUGAUCAUCGGCUACGGCCUCACCGAGACGGCGGCCAUGGGCACGCUGCAGAGCCCGCUCGAGUGGACGUCGGAGUCGAUCGGCGCCAUGACGGCCUCGGUCGAGGCCAAGCUAGUCGACUUCCCCGACGCCGGCUACUUUGCCACCAACCAGCCAAACCCGCAGGGCGAGAUCUGGCUGCGCGGCCCAACCGUGUUGUCGGGCUACUACGACAACGAGAAGGAGACAGCCGAGGCGCUCACCCCGGACGGCUGGUUCAAGACGGGCGACAUUGGUGAGUGGGAUAAGAACGGCCACCUCAAGAUCAUCGACCGCAAGAAGAACCUCGUCAAGACGCUCAACGGCGAGUACAUCGCGCUCGAGAAGCUCGAGUCCAUCUACCGGUCGGCCCCGGUCGUGGCCAACAUUUGCGUGUACGCCGACAUCUCGAAAGCCAAGCCCAUCGCGAUUAUUGUUCCCGCUGAGCCUGCGCUGAAGAAGUUGGCCGCCUCCAUUGGCGUGGAGGGCGAGAGCAUCGAGGUGCUUUGCCAUGACAAGAAGGUGCAGGCCGCUGUCCUGAGGGAGCUUCAGGCCGCAGGCCGUGCCGGUGGACUGUCGGGCAUCGAGAUCAUUGACGGCGUGGUUAUUGUUGAGCACGAGUGGACACCAGAGAACGGACUGGUCACGGCGGCCCAGAAACUCAACCGCAGGGGCAUUCUGGACAAGUACAGGAAGGAAGUGGGCGAGGCGUAUGGCGCUUCAAGCUGAAGAGGGACGCGGAAGAAGAGGCUCAUGCGGGACGUAGGAGUUCUCUGGUGUGAUUGAGCAGCGUAAUCAGCGUAACUGUGACUAUUACUUGUGAUACAUGCUUCCGGAGCUGGUUA